AUGGGGGGGUUAGGUGUUUGUGUGUUUUGUGUGGGGUGUGUUGUGGUGUGUUUGGGUUGUUGGUGGUGUGGGGGGGGGUUGAUGUGGGUGUUAGGGUGGUAUUUAUGGUGGGUUGGGGGGGGAGUGUUAUGGGGGGUGUGGUUGUGUUUGUUGUGUAAUUGUGGGGGAGAGAGGGGGUGGGUGUGGAGGUGUAAGGGGAGUGGGGUAUGGGUGGGUUGGGGGGGGUUGGUGUUUUUGUGGGGGGGUGUGUGUGAGGAGUGUUGUGAUGUGGUGGGUUGGGAUGUAGGGGGUGGUUGUGGUGGGGGUGGUGUUGUGGGUGUGGGGGGGUGUUGGUUGGUGUGGUUGGGUGGGGUUGGUGGUUUGGUGUGUUUGGUUGUUUGGUGUUGUUGGUUUUGUGUGUGUGUGAGUGGUGGGGUUAGUGGUUUGGUGGUAGUGUUUUUGUGUGUGAGGGGUGUGUGUGGGUGGUGUUGGGGGGUGUAUGGUAUUGAUUGUGGUGGGGGGGGGGUUGGGUGGGGGGGGUGUGGUGGGUGUGGGUGGGUGGGGGGGGUGGUGGUUGUGGUGUGGUGGGUGGUUGUGUGUGUGUUGGGGUGUGGUGGGAGUGGGGGUUGGGGUGGGUUGUGGGGUUGGGUUGUGGUGGGGUUUGUGCGGGGUGGUUUGGUGGGAGGGGUGGGUUUGAGGGUGGGGGUGGUUGGUGUUGGUGUGGUUGGGAGUGUGUGGGUUUUGGGGGGGGGGGGUGGGGUUGUUUUGGUGUGGGAGUUUAGGGUGGGGGUUUUGGGGGGGUAUUAUUGGGAGUGGUGGGGUUUGGUGUGGUGUGUUUGGGGUGGGUAUGUGGUGGGUGUGGAGGUGGGUGGUGGUGGGGUAUGUGGGGAUGGGUGGUGGGUGUGUGGUGGUGGGGGUUUGGGGUGGGGUUGUUUGGAUUUUUUUGUAGGGGGGGGGUGGGGGUGGGGGGGGGUGGGUGGGUUGGGGUUGGGGUGGUUGUUGGGGGUUUGUUUUAUUGUAAGGGUUUGGUAUGGAUGGUUUGUGGUUGUGUGGGGGGUGUGGGGGGGGGGGGGAUGGUGGAUUUGGUUGGUUAUGGUGUUAUGGGGGGGGGUUGUUGGGGGGUGGGGGAUAUGGUGGGAAGUGGAUAGUGGGGUGGUGUGGUUGGGUGUGUGGUUUGGGUUGAUUAGGAUGAGGGUUGUUGGGGGGGGUAGGUUGUUUUUGGUUUUUGGGGUUUUGGUAUGUUUGUUUGUUUGGGUUUUUGGUUUUGUUGUUGUUUGUGGUUGUUUGGUUUGGUAUGGUUUUGUUGGUUUGGUUGGUUGGUGUUUGUAUGUUUGUUUGGGGGAUUUUGGGGUUGUGGUGGGUUUUUGGGGUUGUGGGGUGUUUGUUAUGUGUUUUGUGGGGUUGGGUGGGAUGUGGUUGUGGGAUGUGAUUAGGGUUGUGGGUGGGGGGGGGUGGGAAUUUUGGUUGGUGGUGGUUGUGUGGAAGGUGGGUGGGUGGGGUGGGUGGGUGGGUGUAGGUAUAGAGGGUGGGGUUUUUGUUUUGAGGGUGGUUGGGUUAGGAAUGGUAGUAGGGUGGGGUAAUUUGGAGUUAGGGUAUGAGGGGUUGGUAUGGGGGGUUGGAGUGGGGUGGUGUAUGGAUUUAGAGGGAAUUGGGUUUUUUGGUUUGGUGGGUUGGGUUAUGAGAAAGGGGAUUGGGUGGGGAGGGGGGGUGUUGGGUUUUUUUGGGGAGGGUGGUUGUUGGAUGGGGGUGGGGAUUUAUGGGUGGGGUGGUGUUUGGGGGAUUAGGGGUUGGAUUGGUUGGGGAGGGGGGGGUGGGGUGGUUGUGGGGUGUUUGGGGGAUGGGUGGGUGGUAAGGGGUGAGGUUGUGGGUGGUGGGAGUAUGGGAGGAUGGUGGGUGGGGGUGGGUAGUUAUGGGUGGAUGGGUGGGUGGUGGUGGAGUAUGGAAGGAUGGGUGGGUGGGUGGGGAGUAUGA